AUGACGUAUGGAUUUCUUCAUGCAGUUCGCAAGUUUCGCCCUGUGGUGAUUUCCGGGCCCUCGGGGACGGGGAAGUCGACGAUUUUAAAACGCCUGUUUACCGAAUACCCUGACCGAUUCAGCUUCUCUGUGUCUCACACCACGCGGUCUCCUCGCGGCGGCGAGCAGGAUGGUCGCGAGUACUACUUCACAAACAAGGAUUCUUUCUUGCAGCUAGUCGAUGAGAAAGGGUUCAUCGAACAUGCCCAGUUUGGUGGAAACUAUUACGGAACGAGCAUAAAGGCAGUGAAGGACAUUGGUGACCUGGGAAGAGUUUGCAUUCUGGAUAUUGAGAUGGAGGGUGUCAAACAAGUCAAAAGAUCCGAUCUAAACGCCCGAUUUAUAUUCCUUGCGCCCCCGUCAAUGGAAGAACUGGAGCGCAGAUUACGCGGUCGCGGCACAGAAACCGAAGACAGCCUCAGCAAAAGAUUAGCGCAGGCAAAAAACGAAUUGGAGUUUGCUAAGGAGCCCGGUGCUCAUGACAAAAUUGUCGUCAAUGAUGACUUGGAGACUGCAUAUCAAAGUGUUAAGGACUGGAUAGUGGAUAAUGGAUCCUUUGGUGCGCUCUCAUAA